AUGUUAAGGGCUGUAUUGGUUUCCUGUGUUCUCUUUUCUUUGUAUUUAUCAUCCUAUGCUCAAUCAUGUGCAAAAUACAACUUUGCCAGUAACCAAGUAUUCAGUUCCUGCAACGAUCUCCCAUAUUUGAAUUCAUUUCUUCAUUGGAACUACGACUCGACUUCAAAAACUGUCAGAAUGGCCUAUCGACACACGGGGGUCACGGCCUCUAAAUGGGUCGCGUGGGCUAUUAAUCCAAGGUCUCAUGGCAUGGUUGGCGCUCAAGCACUUGUUGCUUUCCAAAAAUCUGAUGGAACCAUGAGAGCUUACACAGCACCUAUCACUACUUAUCAGACUCAGUUGCAGGAAGGAGAUUUGAGCUUCCCAGUUUCAGAUUUAUCGGCAGUAUAUUCGAAGGCUGAAAUCAUUAUUUUUGCCACGCUGAAGCUGGAUAACGUGAGCUCUACUGUUAACCAGGUUUGGCAAGACGGUUCACUUUCAGGAGAUGCCCCUGCAAUGCAUCCUACAUCUGGUUCUAACGUCCAAUCAGUGGGGACUCUAAAUCUUCUUUCAGGAGAGUCAACAACAGCAGCAGGGGCAUCAAACUCCAAAACUAAGAAAAGAAAUAUUCAUGGAGUACUGAAUGCAGUGAGUUGGGGUAUCUUGAUGCCUAUUGGCGCUGUAUUCGCAAGGUACUUAAGAGUCUUUCCAUCUGCUGAUCCUGCUUGGUUUUAUCUUCACGCAACUUGCCAAACCUCGGCCUACAUCAUUGGAGUUGCCGGUUGGGCUACAGGCCUCCAACUAGGAAGUGAGUCUCCCGGAGUUCAGUACACGUCCCACGGGACCAUAGGAAUAGUUCUCUUCUGUCUAGGAACCCUCCAGGUAUUUGCUUUGCUUCUAAGGCCGAGAAAGGACCACAAAUACAGAUUUUACUGGAACAUCUACCACCACUCAGUAGGAUACGCAGUCAUAGUCCUAAGUAUUAUCAACAUUUUCAAGGGGUUCGACAUAUUGAAUCCCGAGAACAAAUGGGAGAGAGCCUAUAUCGGGAUCCUGGUGGUUCUGGCAUUUUUGGCUGCGACAUUGGAAGCUUAUACAUGGUAUGUAGUUGUGAACAGGAAGAAAUCUGCUGCUUCUCAAAAGAUGCCUAAUGGGGCAAAUGGAACAAAUGGACACAAUGGAAAUGGAGCAAGGGUAUAA